UCCCAGCGCUCCUUGCGCGCUCCCGCCCUUCUCCGCUUCCGGCGGGAGAGCGAGGGGCGGCCGCGGCCAUGGCGUACCGGGGGCAGGGCCAGAAGGUGCAGAAGGUGAUGGUUCAGCCCAUCAACCUCAUCUUCCGCUACCUGCAGAACAGGUCCAGGAUCCAGGUGUGGCUCUAUGAGCAAGUGAACAUGAGGAUAGAAGGCUGCAUCAUUGGCUUUGAUGAAUACAUGAACUUGGUGCUGGACGAUGCAGAGGAAAUUCACUCCAAAACCAAAUCCAGGAAGCAGCUGGGUCGGAUCAUGUUGAAGGGGGACAACAUCACCCUGCUCCAGAGUGUUUCCAACUAGGAUUGUGUGCUGAGGAGGGAAUAAAAUGCAGGGAGCAGGAGCAGUGCUGAGGGGCAGAGGAUGUGUGUGGGGCAGAGCUGAGAACUUCAUUUUUCCUUUGGGGAGGUAAUUUUGGGGGGUUUUGUUUUUGGGGGGGGUUUUGUAGUCUGAAACACGGGAAAGUGUAAUUCCAAAUAAAUGUUUUUCACUUGGAAUGGAGCUCUCCUUG